AUGCUAAAAGAACAUGGACAGUCUUGGGAUGGCGCUUAUUUUCGUGACACUAUCCUUCGACAACAGGUGAUCCCAUUUCUUCGUGAUUCGUCCAAUGUUCUCGAUACGAACGAAAUGAUAUUUCUUCACGACAAGGCACCUUGUAUGAAAGCGAAUGCAACACAACAUCUUUUAGAAGAUGAGAAUGUGAAUUUCUGGGGAAAUUCAAUUUGGCCAGGCAAUAGUCCUGACAUGAAUCCUGCAGAAAAUAUUGGUGCAAUUAUUAAAGAUAAAGUUGAGGAACUAAUGGCAAAUGAAGAUCGUCGUAGCAGAUACAAUUACGAUGCACUGAAAACGAAUUUGGAGAAUACGCUCAAAGAUCUUGAAAAUGAUACAGAUCUUUUUAUUGACUUGUUAUGCUCGAUGCGAAAAAGAUUUGAUGCUCUCAAGGCUGCUGAUGGGGGUCAUACGAAGUUCUGA